AUGGAGAGUAGUACUCCGGUGACGGCAAAGUCUGUAGAAGAUACUGGAGGUAAAGAGAUCCCAAGUCAUCCUAGUAUGGAAGCUCAAUCCAAUGGAACAGUAACACGGCAAGCUGGGAAUACAGAUCCUAGUGAACCUGUUCAAGAGGAAAAUAUGGCGAUGCAACAAUGGAAAACAUUCACCUCCCAGAGCAGGAUGUCGGAUAAAGGUAUGGGGCUUAAAUUUAUUGCUCCUGAGUUGAGGAAUGGAAAACCUAUAGCUAAACUUGAUAAAAAUGAGGUCUCUAAACUCAGUGAAAUCUGGAUUAAUUCAAUCAUUGUAUAUGUUGUGGGGCAAAAUCCAACACUUACUGCUUUGAUGUCAUAUGUUAAAACUCACUGGAGUCUGGUUUGUGAACCAAAAAUUUUUAAGCAUGAAGAUGGAUACUUUGUGGUGAAAUUAACUAAUACAGAAGAUAAAGAUAGAAUCUUAAUUUCUGGCCGUCACAUGUUCUAUGGUAAACCCAUAAUUGUGAAACCCUGGCUACCAAGCUUUAACUUUCAUUCUGAAAUUUUGAAAGUCAUUCCCAUUUGGGUGAAAUUCCCUAACUUGCCAUUACACUACUGGAGUGAUGACUCUCUGAGUAGGAUUGGAAGCUUGUUAGGAGUCCCUAUUUAUGCUGAUGAGUGUACCUCUAAGGCUUUAAGGGUUUCUUUUGCCCGGGUGCUGAUUGAAAUGGACAUAACUAAAGAGAUUCCUAAAGAGAUUCAGAUUGUGGAACCAAAUGGGGUGACUUUUGCACAGAAAGUUACUUAUGACUGUUUACCACCCUUUUGCUCUAAAUGUUCUAUGAUUGGACAUAAUUGUGAAAGUCUGCAGGCUAAAGCUAAGACACAGGUUAAAGUAAUCAAGAAGUGGGUACCCAAAGUGCUUCCUACAGCAGAGAGAACUGAGCCAGUAACUAAUGAGGUGGUCACUGAAAAACCUCAUUCUGGUGAUCCUGUGGUAUUAGUAGAUGCUGGAUUAUCUGGUGAUCCUAGUACCACAGUAGAUCUAAGUAUGGUGGUGACUCCGGUGAAUUCACCUACUGUUUCAGCUCCUCAGGAAGUUCAUGAUGAUGAAAAUCAGGGAGAAUGGAAGGUGGUUACAAGAAAAUCCAAAGAUAAAGGCAAGUUGCUAGCUUUUCAAUCUGCCAAAGCUGUUAGUUAUCACCACAGUGGAACAAACUCAGGUAUACCUGGGGGUGCUAAGGGACCAAACCCUUAUUUGUCUUGA